AUGGCGGCCAAGGCAUCUACUACAUCUAUCCUUGCUCGCCGUAUUCUGCGGGUUAAGUUCCUGGAAGGUUAUACCAAAGGACAGUAUGUGGACUUUAAUGAACAAAGAGUUAUGUUUACAUUUGUUGCCCACUUCCGCCAGGCUGCUCAUAUGAACUGUGGGACACUUCCGCCAGGACAAAGAAGUUCAGACUUCAGACAGCUCACUUCAGAGACAGAGCACUGCUGCUGCGGUGAUGCUCCUAAGCCUCCUGUGCCCUGGCUAGGAUUUUCUCAAUGGGUCAGCGGCUUCAAAUGCUGUCAAAAGACAGCACCAUGGAAAGAAUCUUAUUUUCCAUUUCUAGUGGAGAAAGCAUCAUAUGCUGUUUGUCGCACCAACGUCUUUAACUUUACAUUACCAAGAGGAAAUAUUUGUCUUGAUCAGUUUUUGGAAAAACGGGUGCAGGAUGUUAUCAGCUGCAUUGACAGAGGAAGACACGUGUGUCUAGUGAAGCCCCCGACUUCCACUGUCUUCUCCACAAGAUCAGCACCCAACAAAGAUGUCUCCACCCAGAGCCGGAUGGUUGACAGUCACACGCCUACCCAGACUCCAGUACCAGAUGUUCCAGACUCAAACCCAAACGAUAAUAAGCAACUAUACGGCAGCGCACCAUCGGAAGGUAACAAUUCUGCAAAGAAGACACUGAUCAUACUAAUCUCAGUAAUUGGAAUUGUUCUCGGAAUUGCAGCUGUUGGCACUGCUGUAUGGUGCCGCAUGAAGAGAAGAAAAGAUAAUUUGCCUUCCGAAGAAAGAUUUAGGGGAUAUAGUCUGGCAGCAUUAAAUGCCUCUACAGUGUGAGGGCGAAAGUUGAAGAGGAGCGAUGUUCUGCAACGGGUAGAAGGUGGAUAUUACAGCACCGGUAGCACAGACCUGGUCUGUGGAAUAUGGAUGGCUUCCGUAAUCCUACAUGGCGGAACCUGUUCUUCUCAAUGUUCACCAUUCACACACUCAUACCUCCCAACAUGACCCUCUCCAGGAGGGACACGAUGCUCUGCUUCUGGACUUUUCUCUUCAUUUCUGAUUGCCGGCCCCUGUGUUGAACAGGUUUGUGGAUAAGAAAGGUGUUUCAGCACAGGUGCCGGCAAUCAUACAGUAACAGGGAAGUCCAGAAGCAGAGCAUUGUGUCCCUCCUGGAGAGGGUCAUGUUGGGAGGUAUGACACACUGACAAUCAUUGAUCCUGGAGAGGCAAUAUGGCCACCAUUGUGUUAUUUGUAUAAUCAACUGCAGUUUCAUAAGAAUCUUUCCCAUUAAGCCAUAAAUGUACACGUUAGAGAUUAUCACACCCACUAAUCCUCCACAGAUGCAUUUGAGCAGAAUAUGUCACAAUCCGUAGUUUCUCUUCUGUGCUUGGUGUGUCGCUCUGUGCUCUGGUGCUUCAGCACGCUGGUCUGAGUAUCUGCAGCUUGGUAAUUAGCUGUUACCACAGCUGUGAGGGAAAAUGGGCGUGGCCACACACCAGAAGGGGUGUGUCUAUGCUCCAGAAGGGGUGUGGCCACUGAAAAUGGCCCACAGUGCUAGAUACAUUGCCCCACAGUGCCAGAUACAUGCCCCACAGUGCCAGAUACAUUGCCCCACAGUGCCGGAUACAUGCCCCACAGUGCCAGUUACAUUGCCCCACAGUGCUAGAUACAUUGCCCCACAGUGCCAGAUACAUUGCCCCACAGUGCCAGAUACAUGCCCCACAGUGCCAGAUACAUUGCCCCACAGUGCCAGAUACAUGCCCCACUCAGUGCCAGAUACAUGCCGCACUCAGUGCCAGAUACAUGCCCCACUCAGUGCCAGUUACAUUGCCCCACAGUGCCAGUUACAUUGCCCCACAGUGCCGGAUACAUGCCCCACAGUGCCGGAUACAUUGCCCCACAGUGCCAGAUACAUGCCCCACUCAGUGCCAGAUACAUGCCCCACAGUGCCAGUCACAUUGCCCCACAGUGCCGGAUACAAUGCCCCACAGUGCCAGAUACAAUGCCCCACAGUGCCAGAUACAUGCCUCACAGUGCCAGAUACAUGCCCCACAGUGCCAGUUACAUUGCCCCACAGUGCCGGAUACAAUGCCCCACAGUGCCGGAUACAUGCCCCACAGUGCCAGAUACAUGCCCCACAGUGCCAGUCACAUUGCCCCACAGUGCCGGAUACAUGCCCCACAGUGCCGGAUACAAUGCCCCACAGUGCCAGAUACAUGCCUCACAGUGCCAGAUACAUGCCCCACAGUGCCAGUUACAUUGCCCCACAGUGCCGGAUACAAUGCCCCACAGUGCCGGAUACAUGCCCCACAGUGCCAGAUACAUUGCCCCACUCAGUGCCAGUUACAAUGCCCCACAGUGCCAGUUACAUGCCCCACAGUGCCAGUUACAUUGCCCCACUCAGUGCCCGAUACAUUGCCCCACUCAGUGCCAGUUACAUUGCCCCACAGUGCCAGAUACAUUGCCCCACUCAGUGCCAGAUACAUUGCCCCACAGUGCCAGUUACAUUGCCCCACAGUGCCAGGCCCCACUUGGUGCAAGAAAUCAAAUGUUAUUGUCGUGAUAAAUCUGUCUGAACUGUGAAUAAACUGCUUGCUUAUGUGAGGAGACGUCCUGGUGUGCAAUACUUUUAAAAUCACUGAUGAACCUGGUGCAUACUUGCCUACCUGACCCUCUCCAUGAGGGAGAAAAUGCU